CAUGAUUAAAUUAAAAAAACCAUGUUUGAUUUUUAAUAUAAUCAAUAUUUGGUUGAAAACGCAGAGAACGUAUAUCAUAUCAUAUAUAUACGUUCUCUGGAAAACGUCUCUUGUUAAAAUUAAUACAUUUGAUAUGGCAACGCUACGUACACUCUCUCUAAAUGUCAAUCCGAGUGCAAAAGAAAACGAAAAAUUAAUCGCAGUGAAAAAAACGAAAUUUGUGAAGUUAACUUUUGCGAUGGCACAAUAUAUUUAAUUUCUACAGAAACUAAUUUUAACUUGUAAAAAAUGUAAAAUUUUCAAAUAAGUUGAACAAUAACUGAAAACGCAAGAUAUUUGUUGAUAUUGUGUGAAUCGGAGUAGUGACGAUGACAUCUAUAUUGGACAUGAAGCCAGGUCCGCCCGACUAUUGGGCGGACAUUUACAACUUCUUUCUGCCGCUAAAAUACUUCAUCACAAAUGACCGGUUCGAUGCAUUAAUGCAGCAUGUGGACUUGAAUUAUUUGCUCAACGCUAUGUUUUGGAUAUUUUUAUUAUUCGCCGGAGGCUUCAUUGGAUUCUAUAAAAUAUUUGAGGUUUUUCUAAAAACAUCGAAUAUAAAAUUUUACAAACGUAAACAAUUUGCACGAUCAGUGUGGAAUAUUGCCUUUUAUGCCGCUUGUACACUCUUCCUAUAUUUUUACAAUGAAUUUAUGUUGCUACCGCAGCUGUUUAAGAACCAAGGACGAUAUUCAUUGUUCUAUUCAUCAGAGAAUAUGAUUUUUUACAAAUCACAACAAUGUGAAAAAUUUCAAUUCUAUUCACUAUUCAUCAUAACAUUUAACUUACAUAACGCCAUAUUGGAUUUCAAGGAAUCCGAUUAUCUAGAGGCUUGCUCGAAGACGCUGUACUUGCUUGCAUUGGGGGCUAUUGAUGUAUACAAAUAUGAAAACUACUUUGUUGGUCUGAAUCUCAGCUUAGGCGUCUACAAUAUACUUACGGAAUCUCUUUUUCUGCUGGCUUUAAUCAAUUCGAAAGGCAGCCGUUUAAUGUUUCAAGUGUUUCUGGGGCUACGCAUCGCUUCGUGGUCCCACGUAUUCAUCAGCUUGCUCCCAUUUAAAUAUUUAGUUCCUACGUUGUUUGCCAAAAAUUUUAAAAUAAUGUUAAAUAUUACAAUUUGGCUGUGGUACGGUCUGUCCAUUUGGAAUUCGCCAGUGCUGCAGUAUUUUUAUCAUCAGAUUUAUCACUCUUCGCCGUUGGACUGUUCGGGUGAAGGAUCAGCAGCAAAAUGCAUAUUGCUGAAAGACUCAAGUGAACAUCGCCAUUUUAAAACACUUAAAAAAGCUUAUAUGGAAGUAAAGUUAGCGCAGGAGAAAUUGAAGAUCAGCUCUCUAGCCAAUUCGUCUGGUUCGGAUAGUUCCUGCACGUCAGCUAAAGCUUUCCAGGCUAUUAAAUGCAUAAUGACGCUUAAGCGAAAAUUGAAGCGCAUACGUGAGGGUCGUGGUUCAGAGAUGGAGAAUGAUACCGAAGAUAUGAAUAACGAAUAGAUGCGAAAAUUAUUAAGCUGAUAUUGUAUGUUAUCGAACCGAGCUGAUAUUAUGACAUGCAAUGUUGAAUGUUGUUAUACACGAAUUCCCAGUUUGACACUACCGGACUUUCAUUAGAAGUUAUGCCUAACCCAAUAAGACUUUAUUUAUGUUCUGUAGCACUAAAUACCGUAAUAUUAUUUCUCUGAUUUGCUUUUAAUUUUUAACAACAGA